AAUUUGAAAUCUUCUUUAAAGUAAUCACAGAGAUAUUUAUCAAUGCAGCCCCGAAAAAAAUUUAAAUGAAACAUCUGUUAGUGAAGAUAAAAGAAAUUGUAUUAUUUUCGUUUAUACAAAGCAAGGCUCGGGGUUUUCUUUCCAACAUGUUGCUACUUGUCCAGAUUCUCCUCAUCGCUGCUACAGCGUUUGCUGAUGACUGUCCUCCCACAGACAAAGUACUCCCUUGCUCCUGUAACCAGGAUCAAGGCAUUCCAACUGUCAACUGUGAAGGCGUCAAUAGUAUAACUGAGAUUGAACCUGCUGUGAAAAAUACUGUCGGCUUCAACGUAUCUUUCGCUAUCCUCAGGUCACAUUUAGGCGAUAUUCCGUCGGACUUUUUCAGAGGACACACAUCUGUUAAGCUACAUUUUGAGCAAUGCGUAGUUAGGUCAUUUGGAGACACGCCAUUUAGGGGACUCGAAAAUUCAUUGGAGACCUUAAACAUCUAUAAGGUCUUGGAUAGGAGUCAUACGAAAUUAGACAAAUUCAGGCUGAGUCAUUUGCAAAAACUGAAGUACGUUUCCUUGUCUGAAAAUGAUAUUGGUGAGUUGGGAAAUCACUGGUUUGAGGGUGGACCGGCAUCUUUGGAGCAAUUGAACUUAGUUUCAAAUAAAAUUGAAAAGGUUGGAGAUAAAGUAUUGGCAUCACUGGUGAAUCUUCAGCAGUUGUAUAUUAACACAAACCGAAUUAAAACUGUGGCAAGGUCUAUGCUUCCAAAUCCAUCCAAACAUCUUUGGUUGCUAGAAGCUAAACUGAAUCAUAUUGAAGAAUUGCCAACAGAUGCAUUUGAAGGGUAUCCAAAUCUAAAAAUUGUAAACCUUUCGCAAAAUAAAUUGAAAUCCAUUCCGGAAAAUGUUUGGGGUAAAGUCUGGAAUCAACUCCACGCAGUGUACCUUGAUGCAAAUAAUAUAGUUUGUGAUGAAAACUUGAAAUGGAUCUACACUCGGAAGUUACCCAACGCCUUUGUUGGAAGAUGCGGAACUGGCAAUAAACUGCAGAAGAGAGCUUUGAAUUCUCUAAAAUUAGAAGAUUUCCAAUAAAAUCAUUGAAAACCUCA